CGAUCGAAGUGACUAAUUUCUUAAAUUCGGUUAAUUGUGAUUCCAUUUCUGGUGCUUUCUCUAAUUGUUUCUUUAAUUUUUAAUCACUAAUUUAUUUUUUUCCGUUGAUCUCAAUCAGAAUCCAUGGAGAAUAAACUUGUAAUAACCAACUGGGCUCACGAUUCAGGGGACGAAGAUGAAUAUGAUAUUUAUCGAGAUGUUUAUUCCCAAGCCCCUUUACCGGUUUCUACUUUCCAGAUUGAUGGUAAUACAAAGAUUGUGACAUCUUAUAAAAGCGAGGAGGGUAAAAGGUUCAAGAUUAUCUCUUAUUAUAAGAUUGAACGGUUAAAGGUUUCUAAGGCUGUGGCUUUAAGGAAAAAGUGGAAAAAGUAUGGACUCGCAAGGAAUGAUGAACCAGGACCCAAUCCAUCAAAUACCGUUUGCUGUGAGGAUGUUGCUAUGCAUUUUAUUAACAGUAAGGAUGAGGAUAAUUUGGAUAAAGAUGAUAUUUUACAAACUAUGGGUAAUAAGAAUGUGGUUAAAUGUAGAUAUUGUGAGAUGGAUCAUUGGACUCUUAAAUGUCCUUAUAGAGAGAAAUUUGAAUCAAAGGAAAAAGAUGGUGGUUCAAAUGUUAAUGGAUCAUCAGGUGGAACAGUUCAAUCUAAUACCAUGGAAACGUCAGGGUCAAGAUUUGGUGAGGAUAAGAAAACCGGUGGUAAAUAUGUUCCUCCAGGUCUACGUGAAGGUGGUCAAAAGCCAGGAGCUGAUCCUUUAAACAACCAGCGAUCAAAAGAUGAUGCCAAUACAAUUCGAGUUACUAAUUUACCCGAAGAGAUACAAGAUAGUGAUAUAAGAGAACUGUUUCAACCGUUUGGUAAAAUUUGGAGAAUAUUUUUAGCCAAAGACAAAUAUACUGGACAAUCUAAAGGAUUCGCUUUUGUUAGCUAUGAGAAGAAAGAAGAUGCUACCAAAGCGAUCGCACAUGUGAACGGCUUUGGUUACGCUAAUUUAAUCUUGAACGUCGAAUGGGCCAAACCAUCGGCUAACAAUUAAUCCUUUGGGCACUUUGGAUCUUCUUUUUUUUUUUUUCUUCUUUUUCUUUUCCUUUAUUCCAUUUUUCUAUUGUUAAUUUUCACAUACCC